AUGUCCCGUGAUAAACUCAUCGUGCUCAAGCAAUACAUACAGGACAACCUUAAAAAGGGCUUCAUUCAGGCCAGCUCUUCCCCCGCCGGUGCCCCUAUCCUAUUUGUUAAAAAUGCUGAUGGAACAUUUCGUCUCUGCGUCGAUUAUCUUGGCCUCAAUGAACUUACCAUCAAAAACCGCUACCUGCUGCCACUCAUCCGAGAAACUCUCGACCACCUCUCCAAAGCCAAGUGGUACACCAAACUUGACAUUCGCUAG